AUGGAUGUUACAUUAGCGGACCAGGAGAACAUCAACCACUUCAGCCGACUGAACACCAAGGUCCACGAGAUCAAUGCGAAGCUCAAAGCUCUGAAGGCUGCAGCGGAGGACAUCGAGGAAGCGGAGAACGAGCUGAUGCUGGCCGAGGACGAGGAAGUGCCUUACCUUGUGGGGGAAUGCUUCUUUCAUCUCGAGAAAGAGGUCGCAGAGGCCCGGCUGCAAGAGGCUGCCAACGAGGGCACGAGCCAGUGUGCCGCCUUGUCCAAUGAGAGGGCCUCGCUGCUGAAGCAAAUGGCAGCGCUGAAGAAGACCCUGUAUGCCAAAUUCGGCAAUGCCAUCAACCUGGAAGAGUGA